AUGGCAGAAGCAGUACUCCUUGCUCUGACAAAGAUUGGUAGCGUUUUAGCAGAUGAAACUGCCAAGAAAAUGCUGUCCAAAUUAUCGGAAAAGGUUAAUAAUCUGAAGGAUCUGAAUGACAAGAUCGAGUUAAUAAGAAUGCACCUGACAGCCAUGAACAAUGUCAUACGUAAGAUUGGCACAGUAUACCUCACUGAUGAAGUCGUCAAGGGUUGGAUUGGGGAAGAAGAAUGGUUCCUGAAGAAGUACUUCAUUAAAGCGUCACAUUAUGUCUUGGUUUUUAGUCAAAUAGCAGAAGAGGUUAUCAAGAUUGAGAAGGAGAUCAAGAAAGUUAUAGAACUCAAAGAUCUGUGGUUUCAGCCUUCACAGCUUGUUGCUGAUCAGCUAAUUGAGAUGGAAAGACAACGUUCGCGCGAUAACUUCCCACUACUCAUUAAAGAUGAAGAUCUUGUGGGGAUUGAAGAUAACAGGAGAAAGCUCACCGAAUAUCUGUAUUCUGAUGAGCUUGACAGCACAGUGAUAACCGUAUCAGGCAUGGGUGGACUUGGAAAAACUACCCUUGUAACAAAUGUUUACGAACGUGAAAAAAUCAACUUUCCUGCUACAGCAUGGAUGGUCGUGUCCCAGACCUACACGAUAGAAGCUCUGCUUAGGAAGUUACUCAUGAAGGUUGGUCGUGAAGAGCAGGUGCCACCAAACAUUGACAAAUUGGAUGUCCAUGAUUUGAAAGAAAAAAUAAAGCAAAAGCUCGAAAAUAAGAAAUGUUUGAUUGUAUUGGAUGAUGUCUGGGACCAGGAAGUGUACCUUCAAAUGUCUGAUGCAUUCCAAAAUCUUCAAUCAAGUCGCAUCAUCAUCACAACACGGAAGAAUCAUGUGGCUGCUCUUGCUCAGCCGACUCGUCGCCUUGAUGUCCAGCCUCUGAGAAACACUCAGGCAUUUGAUCUCUUCUGCAGAAGGACUUUCUAUAACAAGGAAGGCCAUGCGUGCCCCAGUGACCUUGUCGAGGUUGCUACUUCUAUAGUAGAUAGGUGCCAGGGAUUGCCACUAGCAAUUGUAUCAAUUGCUAGCUUAUUGUCUUCGAGGGCACAAACAUAUUACAUCUGGAAUCAAAUUUACAAUCAGCUUCGAAGUGAGCUAUCAAAAAAUGAUCAUGUCCGGGCAGUUUUGAACCUGAGCUACCAUGAUCUAUCAGGAGACCUAAGAAGUUGCUUCUUGUACUGCAGCCUCUUCCCUGAAGAUUACCCUAUCCCACGUGAGAGCCUCAUCAGACUUUGGGUUGCAGAAGGCUUUGCAUUGAGCAAAGAAAACAACACAGCAGAGGAGGUGGCUGAGGGAAACCUCAUGGAGCUGAUCCACCGCAAUAUGCUGGUAGUACUGGAAAAUGAUGAGCAGGGAAGGGUGAGUACAUGUACAAUGCAUGAUAUUGUGCGAGAUCUUGCCCUUGCUGUUGCGAAAGAGGCGAGGUUUGGCACUGCAAACAACUAUGGAGCAAUGAUAUUGAUGGGCAAGGAUAAGGAUGUUAGACGCCUAUCGUCAUAUGGAUGGAAAGACAGUGCAUCUCUAGAAGUCAAACUUCCACGCCUUCGAACUCUAGUAUCACUUGGAACAAUUUCAUCCUCCCCAAACAUGUUAUUGUCAAUUUUAUCUGAAUCCAGCUACCUUACUGUUCUCGAGCUACAAGAUUCUGAGAUUACCGAAGUGCCAGUAUCUAUAGGGAAUCUCUUUAACCUACGUUACAUCGGCUUGCGUCGUACAAAGGUCAGAUCACUACCUGAUUCUGUUGAGAAGCUUCUGAACCUCCAGACUCUGGAUAUCAAGCAAACAAAAAUAGAGAAACUUCCACGAGGAAUCUCUAAGGUUAAGAAGCUACGACACCUUCUAGCUGACAGAUAUGCUGAUGAGAAGCAGUCACAGUUUCGCCUAUCAAAUAUGCCACUCCUUUCCAACUUGCUUCUUUCUGCAAAGGAUGAAAAUGAGCCACUUUGCUUUGAGGCACUCAAGCCAAGGUCCACAGGACUCCACAGGUUGAUUAUCAGAGGGCAAUGGGCGAAGGGAACAUUGCAGUGCCCACUAUUUCGAGGCCAUGGGAGACACCUCAAGUAUUUAGCUCUAAGCUGGUGCCACCUUUCAGAAGAUCCACUGGAGAUGCUCGCUCCACAAUUGCCAAACCUCACAAAUCUGAGACUCAACAACAUGCGUAGUGCAAAUACAUUGGUUCUUCCUCCAGGAUCAUUUCCCCACCUAAAGUUGCUUGUCUUGAUGCACAUGCCAAAUGUCAAGAAGCUGGUGAUUGGAAAAGGUGCGCUCCCAUGCAUUGAAGGUCUGUACAUUGUGUCCUUGGCGGAGCUGGAUAAGGUCCCUCAAGGCAUUGAAUCGCUUCGCACCCUGAAGAAGCUCUCUCUUGUGAACCUGCAUAGGGGCUUCCUGACUGAGUGGAACAAGAGCGGAAUGCAUGAUAAGAUGCAGCAUGUCCUAGAGAUUCGUGUUUAG